ACACCCCGAACCAGUCAGGGUCAAGAGACCGUGGAAGCAAGACGUGCGGUCUGCUCUCUCGUCUCGCUUCGUCGUCGCGCUUCAAUACAAGACGAGUUUUUCCCCCGCGGAGAAGCUUCGAUACUUUUUUCUUUUUUUUUUCUUUUUACUUUUCUCGCACUCCUCCUUUUGCCUUAGUAUAUAUAUCUUUGGGGGGUUUUGUUUUGUGUUGGAGGGAGUGAGGGAGACAUAAGAGGGACGCGGAUGUUAGACACAGAGAGAGGGAGAGAGAGAGAAAGAGAGAGAGAGAGAGACGGUGUGAACAGUUGAGUGAAUAUCAAGAGGAUCUCGGAGCCUGCAGACUCGGGCGAAAAGCGUCGAGGAACGCUGACGCCGAAGUGGAGGGCGAGGGCGGCGAAGGAGGGGGAUCCUGGUGACGGGGACGUGGUCUCACUCGGUCCUGCUCCGGGCGGGGGAGAGCCACCUGACGGAAGUGCGUCCAGGCCCUCCGCGCACACGAAGGCUCAGCUGGUGACCCUGGUGGGCGCGAGAGAGGAAUACUUAGUGCUCAGGUGGGCGUGCCUAGCUGGUCGGUCGGUGUGGCCCGCGGGCCGCACUGGCGUCAUGGGCGUGCGUGUGCGGAAGUGGAGGAGGGCCGCACUGCUGAGGCAGCUGGGUGGCAAAGCCGGGCCUUUCAGCCGAAGAUAAGCCUUAUGACCUACCCGGCCCGAGGUGCGGCCCACCUGGCCACGGUGCUGGCCGUGCUGCUGGCCAUGGUGGCCGUGGCCGCGACGGGCGCCAAGCCUAUGCCGUCGCCGCCCGCGCCGCUCAACGCCUCCGCCUUCUCGUCCUCCGAGGACUACUACUACGACUACUACGACUACGAGUACGACGUCGCGCCGCCCAACCUCAACCUGAGCGAGUUCCGGCUGCCGGGGGAGGAGGGGGGCGGCGCCCCCCACAUCCCGCGCUACAUGCUCGAGCUGUACAACGACCAGGCGACGAGGCGCUCGCACCCGCUGCCCGGCGCCGACCUCGUCAGGAGCUUCGAGGCCACAGCGAUGGAUAACCAAAGCGAGGCGGAGGAACACCAGGACUCAGUACCCACUCGUGUUCACUAUUUGGGUUUCAACGUGACGCUUCAUCACAGAGAGAGGGUCACGAGAUCGACUCUUAGGCUCUAUGCUCUCAUCACACGGGACCAGUACGCUUAUAUAGGCGUGGAGCGUCGCGUCCGAGUAGUCAUGAAGCAGUCCCGAGGCUCCAGUGACGCAGAGGGUGACGCAGAGACCGUGACGGUGUGCCAGCGUGAUGUUUACGAAAUGCAGAACGUGUGGGAGACCUUUGACGUCACUUCUGCCGUCCGGUACUGGCUGGCGAACCCCGACGAGCCGCAGGUCCUCCAGAUCUUGAUUGAGUCCGUGUUCUCGACGGUGGGCGACGGCGGCGACCUCGACGUGGCUACGGUGCCCCACACGGACAUCGAACCGCUCCUUCUGGUAUACUCCUCCGUCAGGCACCGCCGCCAGUCCAAGGAGGAGCUGGACCAGAUGAUCUCUCACGAGUACGACAAUCCGGUGACGAAGAGGCAGCGGCGUGCCCUCCCUCCCGGAGCCAGUUCGCGGGCUCGAAGGGCAAAGAGAGAGACUGGCACCGAUCCCCGACUUAGAAGAGUGAGGAGAAACACAGCAGCCGAGGAACAGGAGGAGGAGAGUAAUCAGAUCUGGGAAGGAGAGCAGGAUUACACGGGUCUCCCCUCGCACGCGCACAACUCCAUUGCAGUCUUCCCUCCUGCAGAAGGCCGGCGGAAGGGCAAGAGGAGGAGGGCGAAGAACGCGUGCAAGAGGAAGCCACUCAAGGUCGACUUCGAGGACAUAGGAUGGCAUAAAUGGAUCAUUGCUCCUCCUUCUUAUGAGGCCUAUCAGUGCAGCGGCAAAUGCUUCUACCCGCUACCGUCCCACCUCAGCCCCACGAAGCACGCUGUGGUUCAGAACCUGGUUCAUUCUCUCCACCCUGACCGAGCGUCCAGAGCCUGCUGUGUCCCUACUCUGCUGGGACCCAUCUCUCUGCUUUACCUGGAAAAUAAUAUUCCUACUUACAAGUACGAUUAUGAUGAUAUGGUCGUCCUUGAGUGCGGUUGCAGAUAGUCGAUGGCUUGUGCGAGGUGACCUUCUCCUUUUUUCGAGGAAAUGAGGGUUUUGUUUGGUGUAUUGUGCGAGUUUUUUUUCUCCUUUUUUUGGGGAAAAUAAAGCUGAUGGAGUAUUUUAGAAGAUAAUGGAUGGUUGUGUUGAAAAUCAGACGUUGAUACUGGUAACAGCGUUGUUGAGUCAGUGCUGUCAUGCCUCGUCAGGUGUCAUAUUAUAAUUCUUGUAUGAUUAUCUCGGCAAGACCUAAAACCACUGUGUCUUCCGCUGUCUCUCUCGCCAUGUUAAAGGGGCAGUUGUGGCUUGCAGUGUGCCAUGUCCUUUUUUAAUUACGGAAAAAUACUAACAAAACAGGGAAAGGAUUUUUUUUUUUUUCUUGUAAGUCACUACUUACUGCGGAAAUGUUACAAUUUGGAAUGUCACAGGGAUGUAUUAUGUUUUUUUUUU